CCCCCUCGUAGUUACAUAUUCUUUACACGAAACACCUUGUAGCUACUUGGCUUGCGAUAGUAGGCGAUCAUAGGCACGCAACGAUAGUGUUGGCCGACGUAUUCUCGUGGUCGCGAUCCCAUGAUUCCUGUACCGGAAGGGGUCCAUUAGUCAGGCAAUAAUAAUGCCAACGGACACCCGGUCACCAGCAACGCAGCGGAGAGCUCGGCUCUACAAAUUAUAACGCUUUCGCGUCUUAACCAGAAGACUGUCUUAGCUGUAGCAUCGUUAUAUCGGCCUCGUCGAUUCUGUGUCUUAUUCGUGGAUUAUUAUCAUUCCACAUCCACCUGGAUCUUAUCGAUCGUGCCUUGUGCUUCCGACGGUGGUUUCGAGAGAAUUGUGCAUCAGACACAUCGAUGUGCACGUCGCAACGUGAAGAUAUAUUUCUUCUGAGAAAACUAACGAGCGACUGAUUCCGCACGUCGUGAUAUCACGUAAUAUCUGAAACAUCCUGUCGAUAACUGUCUGCAAAACGACGAUAACAUCGUGACGCAACUACCGAGCACGAUUCUCGCGGCGCAAUUGCGUCCGAUAGACAGCGGUGUGAAUAUUAUUAUCAAAUGGAGAAGCAAAGCAGUGAUAACUCAGUGGGUGGUAACGGAAGCUCUGUGGCGACUUUGUUAAUCGAAUUUGCGGCGACGUAGAUGGAGUGCAUAGAUCACAGUGAAAGGCGUUUAUCGGGGAAAUAAAUCAUUCACGCGCACCGCCGGGAUCGUAAGCUGUGACUAUAAUAGUGGCACCUUUGCUGUACAAUAUCGGUCGUUAUUUUGCGUCUGUCGCCCGAAACUCAAAUAUCAUCAUUGGGAGAGUAAUUUCGAUACUCGCGCGUAAAACGAGAAUUGACCUAGUUCCAACUUGCAAUGCGCUGAAGCGCGUUGCUUCACACUCAAUUCGCUUCACAAACCGAGAAGUUUUCUCGUAAACAUCUGCGAACUUCAUCGCUUGAAUAUAUUUGUUAUAAAACGAAAAUGCGCGAGUGUUCAAGGAGAUCUAGUAUUGCGCAUAUUUGAUCGAUGAGCUAAUCGAUUGGAUUAUUACUCACACAGUGAUAUCAAAAGCGAUAUGCCUAGUGAUCACGCGAGUACGCAUCGUCAUUCUAUUUUGCAUCUUCCGUUGAGUAUAUUACGAGCUAGAAGAAGAUACGCCGCAUGGCUCGGUAAGUUGCUGAUAAAACAAUUGGAUUGCAUUACGAUGUCAAACUCGGUGUACUGGUACACCGUGGCAGAGCGAACAAUGGAUAGAAGAGCAGAGGCUAAGUAGCAGGCUGCAGGUACAGAAACGGAGACGGCGCGAGGGGAAGAUUGGAAAGAGGCGUGUGGCCGACAGAAAGCGAGAGUGUACAGGGGGAUAGGCACGGAGGCCGAAAGUAAGGCACGGGAGGGUCGGCCAUUGUGACAAAGUCGCAAGGGGAGAAGUGUGGAGUUGCACGAAAAAUGAGGGAGCGAGCUCUGUCGGAUGUGUGGCGGCUGGUGUGGUUGCUUUGCCUCGUUCUGGCGACGAGCUUAGCGCAAACGUCGCAGGUCUGUCCGUCCCAUAGCGAGAUCGCGCCCUGUUACUGCAGCGUGAAGAAAUCUGGCUUGGACAUUGUGUGCGAGAUCACCGAUCUGACACACAUCUCCAAGGCCAUGGCCGUGCUUAAGGGAAGGCCGAAUCUCGUGAUAUUCUAUCUUCGGCUCAGGCACAACACCCUGCCCAAGUUGCAGGGAUACGUGUUCCUCGGGCUCGAUAUACGCCACCUCACCAUUCACAAUAGUAGCCUCGCGGUACUUGAAGAAUCUUCCCUUAGUUCUAUCGGAACGGGAUUGACACAGCUGGAUCUCUCCCAAAAUUCGUUGAGUAGCGUUCCAUCCCACGCGUUAAAAGACCUUCACCAUCUCUUGAUUUUGAAUUUAAAUCGUAACAAAAUCACAGCUAUCCACGGUAAAGCCUUUGAAGGUCUCGAUACACUCGAAAUUCUCACCCUUUAUGAAAACAAGAUCUCUAUUAUAGAAGCAGAUGCAUUCAAAGGGCUUGAUAACCGAAGACUCAAAAGACUUAACUUAGGCGGAAAUGAGCUAACGAGAAUCCCAACUCAAGCUUUAUCUUCGUUAGAAUUGUUGAAAAAAUUAGAAAUGCAAGAGAACCGAAUAUCCACCAUAAAAGAGGGAGACUUCGAAGGAUUGAAAGCGCUCGAUUCAUUAGGAUUGGCGCACAAUCACCUUCGUGAGGUCCCGGCACGUGUAUUCUCUCAUUUGACGCAAUUAAACUCUUUGGAACUUGACGGAAAUCAGAUUGCUCAUGUGGAUGCCAAUGCGUUCAUAGGUCUUGAGGAAAAUCUGCAAUAUUUACGACUGGGAGAUAACAAUUUGCAUAUGGUACCGAGUGACGCUCUGCGACGUUUGCAUCGCUUACGCCACCUUGAUUUACGGUCAAAUAACAUCACUGUACUUCCGGAGGACGCUUUCACGGGCUAUGGAGAUUCCAUCACUUUCCUUAAUCUGCAAAAAAAUAUGAUUAAAAUACUUCCGCCUCUGGUAUUUGAAAAUCUCAAUUCGCUAGAAACUUUAAAUUUGCAAAAUAACAGACUCACACAUAUCCCGGAAGAAGUUACGGAGAACAUCGUUGAUACUCUACGUCACAUAGACAUGACAGAUAAUCCUUUGAUUUGCGACUGCGAGCUUCGAUGGUAUUCCGUGUGGCUCGGAAAUCUGCGCGACAAAGAUGACGAGAUGAUGUCAAAGAAGCGAACAGUCUGUAUGAUGGUUUCGGAACAUCGUGAAUACUCCGUGCAGAGUAUUCCGCUCGAUAGAAUGGGCUGCGUGGGCAAGAACGCCGGAAAAUUCUCGUCAUCAGCUGCUGGGUGCAGAUUGUAUUUGGACAAGACACUACCGUUGAUUAUUCUUACUGGUGUUCUACUUUAAUCUCUCAAGAAUGCGGCAGCGCGGUGACAGACGGUCGACUUUUCGUUUCGACGGAACGAUUAAUAAUCAUAUUUCUCGUCUUCUUUAAAACCAUGCUAUAAGUCACGUGAUUGCUGUAGAAUCUGUAGGUCAUUACAAAUUUUUAAUUUUUGUUAUUCAGUUCUGCAAAAAAGAAGAAGGAUUCCGUGCCUUUCGAGAUAAUCGUGACGCGAUAGCGGAGACGUGUCACGAUUCCACGAUGGCCAUCCUUUUGUAGAAAUUGAGAAACGCUACUUUAUCACGUAUCAUCGCGAUAAUUUAAUAUAUUCGUGUGGACGCUGUUAUGGAAA